GCUGAGUCAUCACUAGAGAGUGGGAAGGGCAGCAGCAGCAAAAGAGAAUCCAAACCCCAAAGCUGAUAUCUCAAAGUAUCUUUUCUUGAAGUUGAGGGCUCAGAGGGGAGCCAUCAUGAGCGAUGUUACCAUUGUGAAAGAAGGUUGGGUUCAGAAGAGGGGAGAAUAUAUAAAAAACUGGAGGCCAAGAUACUUCCUUUUGAAGACAGAUGGCUCAUUCAUAGGAUAUAAGGAGAAACCUCAAGAUGUGGAUUUACCUUAUCCCCUUAACAACUUUUCAGUGGCAAAAUGCCAACUCAUGAAAACAGAACGACCAAAGCCAAAUACAUUUAUUAUCAGAUGCCUCCAGUGGACCACUGUUAUAGAACGAACAUUUCAUGUGGAUACUCCAGAGGAAAGGGAAGAAUGGACAGAAGCUAUCCAGGCUGUAGCAGAUAGACUUCAGAGGCAAGAAGAGGAGAGGAUGAACUGUAGUCCAACUUCACAAAUUGACAAUAUAGGAGAGGAGGAAAUGGAUGCUUCUACAACUCAUCAUAAAAGAAAGACAAUGAAUGACUUUGACUAUUUGAAACUGUUGGGUAAAGGCACUUUUGGGAAAGUGAUUUUGGUUCGAGAGAAGGCAAGUGGAAAAUAUUAUGCUAUGAAGAUUUUGAAGAAAGAAGUAAUUAUUGCAAAGGAUGAAGUGGCACAUACUCUAACAGAAAGCAGAGUAUUAAAAAACACUAGGCAUCCCUUUUUAACAUCUUUGAAAUAUUCCUUCCAGACAAAAGAUCGUUUGUGUUUUGUGAUGGAGUAUGUUAAUGGAGGAGAGCUGUUUUUCCAUUUGUCGAGAGAGCGGGUGUUCUCUGAGGACCGCACACGCUUCUAUGGUGCAGAAAUUGUCUCAGCUUUGGACUAUCUACAUUCUGGAAAGAUUGUGUACCGUGAUCUCAAGUUGGAAAAUUUGAUGUUGGAUAAAGAUGGCCACAUAAAAAUUACAGAUUUUGGACUUUGCAAAGAAGGGAUUACAGAUGCAGCUACAAUGAAGACAUUUUGUGGUACACCUGAGUACCUUGCACCUGAGGUAUUAGAAGAUAAUGACUAUGGCCGUGCAGUAGACUGGUGGGGUUUGGGGGUUGUCAUGUAUGAAAUGAUGUGUGGAAGAUUACCAUUCUACAACCAGGAUCAUGAGAAACUUUUUGAGCUAAUACUAAUGGAGGACAUUAAAUUUCCUCGAACUCUUUCUUCUGAUGCAAAAUCCUUACUUUCAGGACUCUUAAUAAAAGAUCCAAAUAAACGCCUUGGUGGAGGUCCAGACGAUGCAAAAGAAAUUAUGAGGCAUAGUUUCUUUGUUGGAGUAAACUGGCAAGAUGUAUAUGAUAAAAAGCUGGUACCUCCUUUUAAACCUCAAGUAACGUCUGAGACGGACACCAGAUAUUUUGAUGAAGAAUUUACAGCUCAGACAAUUACAAUAACACCGCCUGAAAAAUAUGAUGAGGAUGGUAUGGACUGCAUGGACAAUGAGAGACGGCCACAUUUCCCACAGUUUUCCUACUCUGCAAGUGGACGAGAAUAAUCCUCUUGAGUUCUGCUGCAUCACUGUCAUCCUAGGUUUAUUAUAAAAAAUGAUUCCUGGGCAUCACCACCAGUACUAGCUAUUCGCCAAGAUAGCAGGAGCACUUUCAGACGUCGUCCCAAAUUGAACGAGAUCCUUCAUCCCUCUCCCCACUUUUCUCUUCACCCCUGCCCUACCCUUAUGCCCCCUCCAUCCCUCUCUUACAAACAUUCUCACAGGCACGCACACACACAAAGAGACACAAACACACUUGCCUUUUUGUUUUUGCAUGAAAUUUUAUCUCAGUCUAAGGUCUCAUGCUAUUGCUGCUACCGUCUCACUAUUAUAGCAACUUUAAGAAGUAAUUUUACAAUCUUUGGAAGUCAUGAGUCCUCCGUUGUACAUUUGUGCACCAAUUGUCAUCUUUUGUUUUUCCCUCACCUCAGAGGUUAAAAAAGAGAUAAAUUGGUUAUAGAUGCAUUUCUUAACUUUCUAGAAGGUGAAUCAGAAUAUUAAUUAGACUAAGAAGACUUAGUUCCUAACGUUUUCUUGCAUCUGUUUGUGCUGGUCCAAAUAAGCAAUUUGGAGAGGGUGGUGAUGUGCUUAUGCAAAGCUUGGGUUAGGGCAUAUAAGUACUUGAAGCAGGUAUAUGUCAUUAACAUCUGGCUGGAAUUCAUUUGGAAAGCAUUUGAGCAAAGGACUUAACUGUUGAUAUAUAUACAUAUAUGCAUAUAUAUGUAUAUGUAUAUAUAUAUAUACACACACACACAUACACACACACAUAUGUGUUUAUAUAAAUUCCUGUUGGCUACUACCGAAGAAGUAGAGGGGCUCGAGUUGCCCAGUGUCACACUUAGACUUCCAGAUUUCAUGUGCAAUCAUGGACAAGUGAGCGUCACACAGCCAAGAAAUGAAGGCGGCAUAAACUCAGCAUUGUUCAAGUCGCUUGAAGGGUCUAAUGAAAUGAUUUGCACCAGAGAGCAUUUUUCCAUGUGCUUGAUAUUUUAAAUUUUUUUUCCUUCUUGAUGUACAUCACUCCUGAUGGCUAAAGAAUGUAGACAGGCGUAGGGAUCCUGCUCUUCACCAAAACUUGUGCACCAAGAGAAACAGGUGUUUGCCUUCCAUGUUUUCACUUUUACUUUGUUUUAUGUUAAUUAUCUUUUCACAAAUGUUAAGAUCUUUGAAUGUCCUUUGGGGUUGGUUUUGUUUAUAUUGCAGUAGUAUUUAUUUUUUAGUGAUGAAGAUUGCGUGUGUCCUCCUAGCAGAUACAGCUACAACUUACAUAGAUUAGGCUUACAGCAGUUUAGUUUGUCCUACAUGCAAAGGAAUGUACAAGCUGAUGAGAAUCAUGCACUUUUUUCUCCUAUGUGGACAUUUUGACAAGGCUCUGAAAUUGUAUACGCUGCAUAGAAAUUGGCUUCAGGGGAAGAGAUACUGUCAUUUAACCCUUGGUGCUGUAAAUGGAGAGAGCCCAAAUACCAGUGCCAGGGAGUUAACAAAACAAACGAAUGUUUUUGCUCCUUUGAGAAUUAAUGUAUUAUGAAAACCAGGCAGCAGAAUAGAAACGAUGGUCUGUUUUGGGUGAAGGAAAUGCUUUCAAGUGGUUUGACACCAGAAUGAGGAUGAGAAAAGCACUUUACUUGGCACACUGAACAUGAAGAGGACUGAUUGAAGAAACCACCGCUAACAUGUACCAAGUAGGAAAGAAAGGGUAAGAAAACCCAGCAUGACUGGGCAGAUCAUGGUACAUUAAUCACUGAAUUGUCAUCAGGGAAAAAAAAAAGAACACCUCCAAGUUUUCUUUUUCUGUAUAUACUCAUGUCCCCAAACCCCAACAUUUCUUACUGAAUGGGGCAUGUAUGCAAACCUCAUCUUUCUCCUUUAUUAAUGAUCUUCAGAUUUAAACCCUCUGGUGCUAGGAGCUGAAGUUUUCCAUAGCAGCCUGUAAGGUCUAUGGGGCCAGAAAGCUGCUCUUAUUACUAGUAGAAGGAAAUCCUUGCUCCAUAGGAUUAUCAUUGAAGUAUUCUGGUUUCACUAUCUUAGCAGCUCCCACAGUGACAAAUGGCAGCAUUAUGUAGUACUAUGAUUGUGUUGUAUGAAAGAGCAAGUGACUUUUAGAUAGGAAAAAUAAUAUUCAUAUGCAGAUGUCUUAGCUGCUUGAUGCUGAAAGUGUGGAUUUAAUGUGAGACCACUGCUGGCAGUGGCUACACUGGGGCUGACAAAAGGGAUAAAGGGCAUUUUAUUAAGGCAGCUAAGACACAUUCAGAUAUAGACUUUAUUCUAAUUUUUCAUAUUUCUGAGUGAAGUUCAUAUUUAAUAUUAAGUGGGCAAUUAAAGUAAGAGAUAUCUCACUUUUGCUUAUACUUACGGAUUUCAUCUUUUUACUUGGUAAUGUAUUGAGUUUUCAUCUUUGGAAAAGAAAGUAGGAAUAGUGAGCACAUCCCAUAAGUUGUUUUGCACUCAUUACAUAAGAAAGUAUCAGAUGAGCCGAAGACAUGAGAGACGGGGACUGGCCGACUGACCAUUGUGAGCAUUUGCUCCUUUGAAAUGCCCUCUGUGGACCAACAGAAAGCCUAUCACCCAUAUGCAAGGCACAUCCAUUAGGUUUUUUGUUUUGUUUUGUUUUUUUGUUUUUAAAAUCUUGAGAUAAGUGUUCUUUGUGACCUUGGCACUGGACACUUCCUAAAGAUUAAUGACUGACUCUGACUGAACCCCAGGCCAUCAGCUUCUCCCAGCUGGCUUUUAAUCUCCAGCAAAUGGCCUGUGGUUCUCUCCCUAUGCUUAGCUACUCUGCUUUUGUAAUAGCAUAAUAAAGUUUGCAUUUUAGUUUGGUAAAAUAUUGGAAAGCUAUUUCAGGUUGAAUUUGAAAAAGGAUAAACUGUGUCCCACAUUGCUUUCAAGAAAACUGAUGACUUAUUCAGGACAAACAGAACAUCACUUGGUUUAGAGUUUGGGAAUCUCUGAUUUUGUGCCCCAAAUCUUCAUUCAGCUGGGAAAAGGGAUGAAAAUAAAAACAAAAUUGCAUUGUUGAAAAAAGAGAUUGGGGGAACUUGUAUUUGCUCACAACUGUAGUUUUAGAAUUCUGGCAGGUGAAAAGGCCUUGGGACCUGGAACCCUUCAGUCAGUCAUUGGACAUUUCAGAUGUGGUUGACUCCAGCUUGUACUGACUGUCACUAAGUGUGCCCUCUUGUACCACAGACAUCUUGGAGGAAGUCGGCUCUUUCUGUUUGGACUGGAGGCAUAUUUGCACACAGCUUUGCGUUCUACACUAACUGCAUCUUCCAACACAUUCCUGUUGCUUAAAGAACAUUAUUCCAGUAUUGUUUUCCAUUUCCCACCCCUGAUUUCUAGCUUCUUAAAGCUGACUCUUCUUGCAGGGGCCAUUGUGCUUCUCCUAGAGUACACAAGUAAGGUCCUUCCUUACUAACUGCAGGGUCUAUCUAUUACACCUCAAUGUACACACUUUGCUGCUACUGUUUGUACUGUCUACAGUAGAAUUUCCUUAUCUUGCUCCUGGUAGUGCAUUACAGGCAAGCAUGAAUUGUAAAGUAUUUAUUUAAAUAAAUAAAUAAACAACCAUAAAUGACACCUCUAAAUUGGUAAUUCAAUUACCUCCCUGUAGCUUUAGAGUUUGUGACAUUUCUUGACCUUGCUAGUUCUUUCAUUGGAUCCGUGCAAGAUCUAGUCAUCUGGUUAAGGAUUUUAAGCAGACGUGACUAUGAACCCAAGGAACUGUAUUACUCUCACUGUCGGUCAUACUUAAACUGUUUAUUUCCUUAAGUAUAUGACCCACAAGGAUGUGAAAUAACUACAAGAAACUGUUUUUGUACACUGUACAUCCUUAGUAUUUUUACACGUAUAUGAUAGGGAUGCACAUUAUUUUCCUUCGUACAGACAGCUUAAAUAAAGCACUAUGUCAAUAUGCUACUUCUCUGUUUAUUAUUGUUGGCUGUGGUCCUGGCUUUCUGAAAGGUGAAGGUGGAUAUUUUUCUGCAAAAAGAACAUUUUUUAUAGUUAUAUAGUAUUAACCACUGAAGAUUAGGCUCCUCUGUAAUAGAAAUGUGAUGGGAUGACAUGAAAUCCAUAUGUAAAUUAAAACAAACAACAAAUGAUUAUUUUA